AUCUUCUAUGUGGACUUUAAACGAACAUCAGAAUGGACGACGCCAUUUUAACAGCUCGUAUGAAAUCUAAGGUGGAUGAGCUAAAGGCAGCGUAUGACCGUGAGGAGUGUCCGUGCUUGGAGCAGUAUGACCCUCACACCGUAGCCAGCCUGUUGAAACAGUUCCUCCGAGAGCUGCCUGAGAACCUGCUGGGACGAGACCUGGCUCAAGGCUUUGAGGACGCCUGCAGUCGAUCAGCCGAGGCUGAGAAGGUGACAGAGUUCCAACGUCUCUUAGCGGAGGUGCCCCCUGGCAGCCGUCUGCUCCUGUCCUGGCUGGUCACUCACUUGGACCAUGUUAUCACAAGAGAGACCGACACCAAGAUGAAUAUCCAGAAUAUAUCCAUCGUACUCAACCCCACUGUACAGAUUGGGAACAGGGUCCUGUACGUGUUCUUCACCCACGUCCGGGAGCUGUUUGGGGAGGUGUUCCUGAGACCCGUGUCCCGCCCCCUCCGCUGGUCCAAUGCUGCCACCAUGCCGGCCCUGCCUGAGACGCAGGACAGCAUCAAGGAGGAGAUACGACGACAGGAGUUCCUGUUGAACUGCCUCCACAGGGACCUCCAGGCUGGGGUUAAAGAUAUGUCUAAAGAGGAGAGGCUCUGGGAGGUUCAACGCAUCCUCACGGCUCUCAAACGCCAACUACGGGAGGCCAAGAAACAGGAGUGUGAGACUAAGAUAGCCCAGGAGAUAGCCAGCCUCUCUAAAGAAGAGAUGACUGAGAACGAAGAAGAGGUGGUUAAUAUCAUACUGGCACAGGAGAAUGAGAUCCUGACAGAGCAGGAGGAGCUGAUAUCUCUGGAGGAGGUGUUGAGGAGGCAGAUAUCUACAGAGAAGGGGGAGAUCGAGAGGCUGAGGGCCGAGAUCGCUGACAUACAGAGUCGUCAGCAGGGUCACAGUGAGACAGAGGAGUCCUCUUCAGACAGUGAGAGUGAGAGUGAAGACGAGGAGGAACUCCAGAUGAUCCUGGAAGAGCUGCAGAAACAGAAUGAAGAACUGGAGGCUGUCAGGCUGUCUAGUCACAGAGGAAGGCUGUGGCCAGAGUGA